UCGACGACGGCGAGCAGAGUCAUGGACUCAAACCCCGGCCAUUAUGUUGCCGUUAUGGUCACUGCGAACGCUAAGUCGACGACAGAGAGGAAACCAGCGAGAUAUCUGAAAUUACUCCGGCCCCAUGAUGCGUUGGUGAUCGGGCAAGUUUAUAGGCUCGUAAGCUUUGAAGAUGUGUUGAGAGAGUUUGGUUCGAAGAGGAGAGUGAGGCUGACCCGGUUGCUUGCUAAGCCGAAGGAGGCGAGGGAAGGAGAGGGUGGCGGUGAGAGAGCUAAGUCUGAGGAUUCGGUCGAAGCGGCAGAGGGUCAGCAAGAAGGAGAGGCAUUGGAGAGCACAACGGGGAGUGGCGUCAAGGGAAGGAGCAACGGAGUGUUGAGGCAAGGGCAGUGGAGGCCAACUUUACAAACCAUCGCAGAGAUUGGGAAUUGAUUGGUUAAUAAAUAGUUCUUUUUAAUUUAAUGUUAUAGAUAUAGUUACGGUUGAUUAAAGUUAGAUUUGUUGCAUGUGCAAAUGUGUUCCACUAAUAUUUUCGUCGUGCUAUA